AAAAAAGCUCAAGAAGAAGCUUCCCAAAGAGCCCCUCUCAGGCGGGGGGGAGAAGAAGCUGAAGCCGAAGGAAGACAAGAGCGACCCUGACAGCAAAGCCAAAUCUGCCAAAAGCACCAAGAAGGAGCCAAUGUCUGUGUUCCAGGUGAAGAAGGAGAAGAAAAACAAGAAGAAAGCCACCACCAGCAGUGAUGAGGAGGAUGAUUCCGACUCCAGCACCAAACCCAUUAGGUCAGAGAAGAAGAAAAACCCAGCAUCCCUCUUUCAGACUGGUGGGGACCCCCCAAAAGAGAAAAAAUCCAAAAAGAAAGUUCCUCCCAAAGGGGCUGAGAGUGAGGAGGAGACCCCAGAGACCCUGCAGAAAAACUCCAACAAGAAGGGGAAAGCAAAGAAAUCAAAGAAGCAGCAGAAGGAGGAGAGGCCCCCGUCCCCUGUCAUCGAGGUGGACAACCUGGAGGAGUUCGUGCUGCGGCCGGCGCCGCAGGGAGUGACCGUCAAGUGCCGGGUGACACGGGACAAGAAGGGCAUGGACCGGGGGCUUUACCCCACCUAUUACCUUCACCUGGACAAUGACAAGAAGGUGUUCCUCCUUGCUGGGAGAAAGCGUAAGAAGAGCAAAACCUCCAACUACCUCAUCUCCAUCGACCCCACUGACCUGUCACGGGGUGGAGAGAACUUCAUUGGGAAGCUGAGAUCCAACCUGAUGGGCACGAGGUUCACCGUGUUCGACAACGGCGCCAACCCCGACAGGGCCAACGCUGACUGGUCCAACGUGCGGCAGGAGCUCUCGGCCGUGGUCUACGAGACCAACGUUUUAGGGUUCAAAGGCCCCCGGAAGAUGACUGUCAUCAUCCCUGGGAUGAAUGCUGACUGUGAGAGGGUGCCCAUCCGGCCCCGGAACGAUAACGACGGCCUCCUGAUGCGAUGGCAGAACAGGAACAUGGACAACGUGAUCGAGCUGCACAACAAAGCCCCAGUGUGGAACGACGAGACCCAAUCCUACGUCCUCAAUUUCCACGGCCGGGUCACCCACGCCUCCGUCAAAAAUUUCCAGAUUGUGCACAGCAGUGACCCUGACUACAUCGUGAUGCAGUUUGGGCGUGUGGCCGAUGACGCCUUCACCAUGGACUACAACUACCCCCUGUGCGCCGUGCAGGCCUUCGCCAUCGCCCUCUCCAGCUUCGACGGGAAGCUGGCCUGCGAGUAGCUCCUGCACCGGGACCCCCGGGGCUGCCCGGAGGAUGCUCCUGCAUCCCUGUCCUCUUCCGCUCCCUGCGUUUCCACCUUCUUGCAGUCACGGCUGUUCCUGGGGUGGUUCAAGGCACCUGGUGCCCGCUGAGUGCUGUGGGAUGCUCACCCAGCUGCAGCCGCCCUUUCCAGGCAAAUUCGGGGCAAAUCGCUGGGCUGGGGUGAUGGCAGAGCCAGGCUGGAGGUAUAUUCAUAUUCAGCAGAUGAGGCUGACUGCAAUCCCUGUCUCAUCCCUUUGGACUCAGAUCCUGGAAACUCAUCCACCCUCCCCUGCUUUUUUUUUGUUGUUGUUCUUGGGUUUUUUUUUGUUUGGUUUGUUUUUGUUUGUUUGCUCUGGUUUAUGCUCAGUCUCCCAGUGAGAAGGGGGUAGGUGGUCUCCUCACUUUGUGUUUCCUCAUCCCUGGCCGCAUGCAGGUGGGCUCUGCCUAAGCUCCCAGCAAAAGCCCCCAUCCCAGCUCGUUGCCCACCAAGCACAAAGCCCCUCUUUUGUCCCAUUUUGCCCUGGUGUGAGUGGAUGCCUGGUGCCCAUGGUGUGUUUGUACCCACUGGGUCUCACCUCACUGCCCAGGAAUUGCUGGGGAUUUGGGUCCCUAAGAAGCAGCCUGGCACCAACAGCACACAGGCACGUGCCGAGGGGUGACAGUGCCAGCAGAGGAGGGCUGGCAGGCACGUGAGGCAGAGCUUGCAUUGCUGGCAGGUGGCCCAGCUGGGUCAGUGCUGCCAGGAGAGACCUGGAAGAGAAAACUCAGGGUGCACCAGGAAGCAGUGGGGUGACUCAUGAGGUGUGGUGCGGUGCUGAGUCACGCUCAGCACCCAGACGGGCCCUGCUGAGCUCCCCGUGCCCUCAGCUCCUGCUGCCCCUUCACUCUGCGAUGCCCCUCCAGACCUCACGUGCCCCAGGUGUCCCCACAGCUGCCUCACUGGUGCUCUCUGCUCGUGAGAGGUGGUGGACAGAAGGUGCCGUCCCCUGUCUCAGACCGGUGGGGAGAUGCUGAAGAGAGGCAGCUCACUGGGAGCAGGACAGCUCAUGCCCCCAGUUUCACCUGUUGUGGGGUGAGGAUUUGGCUGCACAAACAAAUCUGAUUAAUUCAGCGGUGAGAAAAGCGAGGACGUGCCAAGGAGCCCUGAAACACCAUCCUCAGCUCUCUGGUGCUCUUUCUCACCUGCUCAGCUCACACACUGGCUCCAGAACCAUGUGGGAUUCCCUUCCCAGGACACAAAGGGGGUGGUGUGGGCCCCCCAGGUUAAUGCAGCUGAGAGGGAGCUGCAGCAGAAAGGCUGAGGAGCGGAUGGAUGAGAUGGAUGUGAUUGUGCAAGAGGGAUGCUCAUCCUCUCUGGGCAGUGUCGCAACAUCACAGGCCGGAGCCUGGAGCUCAGGACAGUGACAGGGGCACCGUGAGCUGCUGGGCCAAUGGUGAACAUCUGCUCCAGUGGCUUUGCAGAUGGGAGUGGAGAUUUUCCCCAGCUGUAUGAAUCUAGGCUUCAUGAUUCUUGGGCAGAGGCUCGUGGUGAGGCAGGCAGAGGUGGACAACUUGGGGACAAGCCAACCCACGUGGGACAUCAUCCAUUACCCACACAGCGAGCUCAGAGAACAUCUUGUGAGCUAAAGGGAGAACCAGCCACAGCAGUUCAGGGCCAGCGUCCCUGACGAGGUAUGGCCAGCAAAUGUGGGGAAAGCAAGAGCUUUCUGCCCAAAUCCAGCCACAAACCCAACAUCUGUUUGAAAUCGGGACGAGCUCAGCUAACGGUUGAGCUAAUGCUUGUCCCCAUUUCCUCCAGUGCAAGGAGAAAAGAAGCAGCCGUGAGAGAGAGAGGGGUUUGGGCUCCCCAUAUUCUGUCUGCUGAUAUCCCAGCUGCUCCCCAGGUUGAUUCUCCCUCCCUUCACCCAGAAAGUUUCCAUUUUCCAUUUGCCCAUUGUUGCUUGCAAACCCUUCACGUUCCCUGGCCCGUCGCCCAUGGCAGAGCAAAAAUCCCCGUCCUGGGUGUCCCAUGCAGUGUCACCCAAUGUCAGAGCAGCCACUGCAUCAGCCGCCCACCCGAAAUCCCUCUUACAAACCCUCUAACGCAAACCAACUGUGGCAGAAGAAACAAAUGAAAGCAAUUUAAUGGGGCGAUGGAUAUUCGGGCCCUUUGUUUGCGCUGGCUGUUAACACCAGAGGAGAUGAGGGAUGGGAGCAGUUGAAAUGUGUAUCUACUUUGGCCGGCGGAAAGUGUGACGGAUGUGCCGCCAGACCAAUGGCUGAGGAUGCUGGGGUGUGCGUGGGUGUGAAAGGAAUGCUUGCUGCAAGAAAAGAUUAAAAAAAAAAGAAGAAGAAAGAGCCUUAUCAAUGGUGUUCGAGUCCAAAGUGUGUGUAUUCCUUAGAGAAAGGGUUUCCUCAGUCCCCAGGGAUGAUGUUUUCCCUGCAGUGUGAGACUUUGAGGUUUCUGAAGCUUCGUUUUAGGGGUGCUGGCUUUGGGCUGGUGCUGUAGGCAUGGAUUCAACCCCACAAAGUGCUCGUGCAGGGGCACAAGCAUGGCCAGUGGCCAGAGGCGACUGUCGUCAGCUCCUCAAGGGAACCCCCUGGGAAAUGCGUUUUAUUUUUGCAGAGGUGCUUAUAAGGCAAAGGGGAGGAAAAAAAUAAGGCCCCACCUCGCCGCUGAGCAGCACAUCCCAGCCAGGACCAGUGUCACUGCAGUGCUGGCUCUCUCCAUGGCUCAUCCCCAUCCCGUGCUGAUGAGUGGAAAGCUGCUGGCCCGGAGCUGAGCAGGAAGGUGGACGUGGGGGCUCUUCUCCAACCACUGGCUUCUCCCUCUUCCGCAGAUCCUGGGGCUUGGGGGGCUCCAUGCACCCAGCUCUAAGCCCUGCUCUCUUGGGGGGGCUGACAGAUAUUUCCGUGGGUUCUGGGAGGCAAAUGCCCCACCUGGAGGGCAGCCUGAGGAGGGAAGGGCUGGUACAUCCUGGGGGCUGUGGGAGGGGAGACCAGCACUGGGAAACUCCUUGUCCAGCAAUGGAAGGGCUGGAGCUGUUUGCUUCCCAGCGAGCUGCCAUGGCCCCAGCCCUGGGGGAUCUCUCUCCAGCUUUGAAGUGGCAAUACUUUAAUUAAUUAAAGAAGUGAUUGUGAUGAGGUGUUCUUCUCUUCCCUCC